UGGCCGUUGCCGCGGCGCCGAGUGGCGGCUAAGGGCGAGGUGGCGGCGGGGGGGAGCCCCGCUGCGGAGCGGAGAUGGCGGACGAGGCGCUCUUCCUGCUGCUGCACAACGAGAUGGUGGCGGGGCUGUACCGCGCCGCCGAGCAGGGCGAAGGGGUGACCGCCGGGGCUAACGCUCUGGCGGCGCCUUGUGUCUUGCAGGAGAACGGCCGCUGCACCACCAAGCUGGAGAGCAUGGGCUUCCGCGUCGGGCAGGGGCUGAUCGAGAGGUUUACAAAAGAUACUGCCAGGUUCAAGGAUGAAUUAGAUAUUAUGAAGUUCAUUUGCAAAGAUUUUUGGACAACUGUAUUCAAAAAACAAAUAGAUAACCUAAGGACUAAUCAUCAGGGUAUUUAUGUCCUUCAAGACAAUAAAUUUCGUCUCUUGACACAAAUGUCUGCAGGAAAGCAGUAUUUAGAACAUGCACCAAAGUAUUUAGCAUUUACCUGUGGACUAAUCAGAGGAGGCCUAUCGAAUUUGGGAAUAAAGAGUAUUGUAACAGCUGAAGUUUCAUCAAUGCCUGCAUGUAAAUUUCAGGUGAUGAUACAGAAGAUGUAGAGCACAUUCAAAUCUGGGUAUCUACCUUAAAAAUCCUUUGUGUGUGGAUUCAGUAUCUUGGUUCAGUUUUGUAUGUAGCUUGUAAAUUAUAGCAGUGUGCAGCACAAUUCCAAAAUAUAUAAUAAAUGUUCAUCAAAAGAACUUAACACUA